UCUAAGGAUUACAAUAAACCAUAAUGGUAAUGGCCGGUUUCAAGGUAGCACUGAUGAUGAUAGGUUUGAUAAUGAUCUCUCCUUGUGUCCAUGGAAAAGAUUUCUCCGAUCACAAGGAAAUCGAAGUAGAAAGACUUUUGAAGCGGCUCAACAAGCAUGCUCUUAUAUCCAUUAAGAGUGAAGAUGGAGAUAUAAUAGAUUGUAUUCCAAUACAUAGUCAACUAGCUUUUGAUCAUCCUCUGCUUAAAAACCACAACAUCAAGAUGAGACCGAGCUUUAUUCCGGAAAGUACGUCUUGGUACACCAAGAAUUAUACAAAUGUUACUCAGGCGUGGCACAAGAAUGGAAUAUGCCCAGAAAAUGCGGUUUCGAUAAGAAGAAUAAAGAAAGAAGAUAUCUUACGAUCAAAAUCCAUUGGGAAUUUUGGGAAAAAGAUGACGACUCCAGGCAUCCUUUUAUAUGGUUCAAGUAGUGUUCAUGAAUAUAUUACGUAUGAUCCAAGUAAAGGCCACGAGUACGCGGUCAUGAAUUGCAAGGAAGGAAAGUAUUUCGGGACAAAAUUUGCAGUGAAUAUAUGGAAACCAAAAGUUCAAGUUCGCGACGAGUUCAGCUUGGCUCAGACUUGGCUUUCUUCUGGAGUUGGCACUCAUCUUAACACAAUUGAAGCUGGUUUUCAGGUUUUUCCAGGACUAUAUGGUGAUAAUAAUCUAAGAUUAUUUGUUUACUGGACGGCCGAUAAUUAUCAAAAGACAGGGUGCUACAACACCAACUGCCCAGGUUUCGUUCAAACGAGCAAUCGUAUCACUGUAGGUGGAGCCUUCAAAAGCGUCUCAAAGUACGAAGGUAUUCAAAUCUCGGUCCUUGUAACAAUAUGGAAGGAUGGUGAUUGCUGGUGGCUACAGAUUAACCAAGAGCUUGUUGGCUACUGGCCUGCUAAGUUAUUCAGUUCUCUAGGAAAGGGAGCUACAGAAGUUGAAUGGGGAGGUGAAAUAGUUAACGAGAAGACCGGUGGGAAACACACGAGAACGUAUAUGGGAAGUGGACAUUUUGCAAAUGAAGGUUAUAGAAAAGCGAGCUAUUUCAGGAAUCUUAUGACAGUUGACAAAACCAAUACUCUGAGAGAACCACAAGAAGUGUUUCCCAUGACUACCAAUGAUAACUGUUACAGCAUUAAGGCAGGACGUAAUGGAACUAAUUGGGGGCUUAAUUUCUACUAUGGUGGUCCAGGUCUGAACGCCAAAUGCCCUUGAUUUGGAUAUGUGUGCUCAAAGCUUUUGAAUAACUUACAUACAUGUCUGUAUUUGAAUAUGAGCGAGUAUGAAAAAAAUCCACGUCGUUGAAGUUAAUAUUAUAUGUGUCCUUGAAUAACAUGUGUGUUAAAGCUUUACGAAUUCCACAUUUCUGUAGUUUGAAUAAUAAUA